AUGUCUUUUUAUGACAAUCGCUACUAUUAUCUCAACAAAAGGUUCCUAUCUAUAAUCGGUCAGUGGCCGUUUCAAUCGCGACUGAAGAAUAAUCUGAUGUUUUGCAUCAUGGUGUUCUUCCUUUUCACUGUGACGGCAUUAGAGUUUUGGGGAUUAGUUGCUGGGAUAACGGAUCUCAGCAUUAUCAUGGAAAAUGCCUCGCCGUUACUGGUGAAUAGUCUUGUCAUCGUGAAACUUGUUAAUUGCGUGUGUAUUAAUUACAAAAUGAAAAAACUUCUGGAGGAUGUUGAAGAGACUUGGAAAGUAAAACAUAAGGGACCAGAAAAAGAAAUAUUAUGCUGUUAUGCAGAAGAAUGCAGGAUCUUCUCAAUACAAUAUGCAACUGCUCUUUACGCUAUGUGGCUCUUUUAUACCACAACACCGAUAGUCGUUAGUGGCAUAUGUACGCUUUUACCGACGAACGAAACAUACUCAGCUAGGUUUCUAUAUCGCGUAGAACAUGUUCUUGACAUCGACAAAUAUUUCAAUCUAUUGAUGCUUCAUGUAUUUAUUAGCGCAUUCUAUAUAGUCUCCGUGCCGAUAGCUGUCGACACUUUCUUUAUACUUUGCAUUCAGCAUGUUUGCGCGUUGUUUAAGUGUAUGAAGUACAACAUAGAACGUAUAGGAAAUUCAGAAUUUGUGUUGCUCAAGCCAAAUAUAGCGGAUGAUAAAGCGUAUCAUGUCGUAAUCAGCUGCAUCAAAUCAUACAAACAUGUUUUAAAAUUUUCUGAUCUGCUUUCAUCUGCCUACGCAACUUCAUUUCUGUUAAUGUUGGGAAAUGUUGUUAUAUGCUUAACUUUUAGCACAGCUGAGUUGGUAAUGGUAGAUAAUCAAAUCGAUGAAAUCAUCAGAAUUCUCGCUGCCACUUUAGCGCAAUUGGUACACAUAUAUUAUUUGAGUUUAACAUCUCAACGACUGAUCGAUCAUAGCAGUGAAUUUCAUGACGUAAUUUACGGCUGCAAUUGGUAUAAUAUUUCAUUGAGAUCAAGACAUCUUUUAAGAUUGACAUUACUACGUGCUACUAAACCGUGUCAAAUAAAAGCUGGUAAACUAUUCAUAAUGUCAAUGGAGACUUUUAGCACGCUUUUAAAAUCGACCAUGUCUUAUUUUACGAUGCUUACAUCAAUACAGUAACAAUCGCAUAUAAUGAUUUUCAUUGGAAAAUUACGUGUUAACAUACAUAAAGA